ACGACAUACUCUUGUGAUAAUUGUACCACACCAAAUUGUGAUUUGUGUAAUUACAACAAAAAUUCGUGUAUCAAGUGUAAAGAGGGAUAUAGACAAGAAAAAGACUCCUGUUUGGAAAUCGAAAACUGUUCAUUGAUAUUAGGAAAUCGUUGUUUAAAAUGUCAAAAUGGGUAUUAUAAUAAUAAAAAUAUAUGUAUUACAACUGAAUUUUGUUUGAUUUACGCAUCUGGGAAUUAUAAUCAAUGUCUGAUAUGCAAAUCUAGAAAUAUCAACAACAAUGGCACAUGUAAACCAGUUGAUGAAAAUCAACAGAAUUACAGUGCUUUACACAUCACUUCAUGCAAACAGGGGUAUAUUCAGAACGACAAAAUUAAUGUUUUUAGUAAUAGUUUAUUCUGUGAAAGUGCUCAUGCAACAAAAUGCGAUUCUGUGAGUACAAUAAACUCCAACGGGACGUGUGUAAAAAAUACAUGCAAUCCUCCAAAUGAUACAAAUGGAAAAUGUACAAGUGAGGUAACAAAUUGCAUAUUUAUAACAAACGGGAAGUGCAAAGAAUGUCAUUAUCCAUAUGUAUUAUCAAGCAACAAGUGUUUAAUAACAAGUGACGAUGAGUUUUGUUACAUAUCAGAUAAAUAUGGGUGUGUGCGUUGUAAAGACAAUUAUUAUCUUGAAAGUUCAACAAAAAGUUGUGUAAAAUGUGAUGAAAUUUGUUUGACUUGUAUGGACACGUCGACUACAUGUUUAAGUUGUAAAAGUGGCUAUUAUUUAAAUAAUAAUACGUGUUCAACAACAGCCGAAUAUAUUAAUAAAUGUUUAUUACUGACAAAUUCUGGUGGGUGUGUUGUUUGUAAUGACAGAUAUUAUAGAGUGGGACUUAAGUGUUAUGAUUGUGAUUUAAAGUGUGCAACAUGUAACAUAAAUACAACGUGUUUGACUUGCAAUGUAACAAAUUAUAAAACGACGAGUGGCGAUUGUCUUCCACAAAGUAGUAUUAAUGGGUGUCAAGUCGAAGUGACCAAAAACGGUUGUUCAAAGUGUUUAGAUGGGUAUUUUACUCUCAAUCAAAAUGAAUGUUCCAAGUGUGAUUUGAGCUGUAAAACAUGUUCGUCGACAUUUAAAUGUACUUCAUGUGCUUCAUCUCAAGUUUUAAUUUCAACUGAAAUAUGUGUUGGUCUUUCUGAUAUAUCGAAGUGUCUUGAAAUUACUCAUUCACAUUGUUCUAAAUGUUCAUUCUGGAAUUCGCCAAGUGUCGAUGGCACUUAUUGUCACUCUAAAGCAGUUUGGUGGGUUAUUAUAAUAUCCUUUCUUUUUAUCAUUUUUAUAAUAACACUUUUAAUAGGACUAACAGUGUUAUUAACAAAGAAAAUCAUGUUGAUAAUUCAUCAUAAAAAUAUCGAAAAAGUGACUGCUGUUUUUGAGAUAAAAAAGUCGAAUAUUCAUUUUAUUUCUCUUCAAGGGGGAAUUGGUGUGUCUUCAAAUAUAAUCAACUUUAAUUCCGAAUUUGAAGAAAUUCCAGUUGAAAAGGAAACAAGAGAACUCUUCUGUGUUUCAAACUCAAAUAGAAAUGUUGUCAAAAUCCAAUUUUCGUUAUUUUCUAAAAUUGAUAAAUUUUCAGUUAGAAUAGAGCCCGAAAUAAUUACACUGAAGCGUGGGUAUGCUUGUGAAUUUGAAAUAUUUUUGACUCCACGAUGUACGUGUAAGAUACAUGAAACCCUUUGUAUAGUCUCCAAAUCGCUCAAAACAAGUGAAGAGAAGUACAACAAUGUCACUUUAAUGGGCAUUACAGUUCAGACAACAAGAAUUGAUUAUGAUGAAUUAAUCGAACAUCAAAAAUUGGGUGAAGGUUCAUUUGGGAUAGUAUACAAAGGAAGUUACAGAGGAAAUACAGAAGAUGGACUUGUUGAAUUUGAGAAGGAAGUUUCAAUGUUGGACAAAUUCAAAAGUGAAUAUAUUGUCCACUUUUAUGGCGCUGUAUUUGUACCAAAUAAGAUAUGUAUGGUCACUGAAUUUGCUCAAUUUGGAAGUCUACAAGAUUUGAUGAAACACAAAACUUCAAGUGAAAUUGACAUAAAAAUACGACUCAAAUUCAUGUUGGAUGGAGCAAGAGGUAUUGAGUAUUUACACACAAAUGGGAUAUUACACAGAGAUAUCAAACCAGACAACUUCUUGAUUAUUUCAAUUGACUUAAAUGACAAAGUGAACACAAAACUGACUGAUUUUGGAGCAUCAAGAAAUAUUAAUUUAAUGAUGACUAACAUGACAUUCACAAAGGGAAUUGGAACACCAAAGUACAUGGCUCCUGAAGUAUUAAAGAAAGAGAAGUACAAAAAAGCUGCAGAUGUGUACUCGUUUGCUGUGACUAUGUUUGAGUGUAUGAUAUGGGGUAAUGCAUUUUUAAAAGAAUCGUUUCCGUAUGCUUGGGAUAUUGUGGAUUUCGUUGUUAACGGAAAACGACACAAAAAGCCUCAAGGAUUAAACGAUGAUAUUUUUGAACUGAUUAAUAAAGCGUGGUGUGAUGAUCUAAUAAAUAGAACAGAUAUAUCAAAUAUUGUUAAAUCUUUGAAUGAAUUUAUUAAAAGGGAACUUUAUAACUGA